GAGCGGCGGAGCGGGAAACGAAAGCGAAAGCGGGCAGCAGUGGGAAUCAUGGCGGCCUCGCCGCUGCUGGUGCGGCUCUGCCCCGCGCCCGGCGCCGGCCAGAAGCCGAUACUCAAGCUCCAGAGCUACUUCCAGUCCGGCAAGCGGUCGGGGGGCGGCGAGUGCGAGGUGCGGGCGGGCCCCGAACCCGGCAGCUACUGGGUGGACUUCCACCAGGAGCGAGAUAAGAAGAGCGUGGAAUCCCGCACAGAUCACGUCUUGGAAAUUGGUGGCAGACGUUUGAAAAUAGUCAUCCAGCCAGGAGAAGGGGACCUGGGCAAGGGCCCUCUCACACAGCAGGUGUCCCCCUGCUCCUCAGACCCUUCCAGCGCUUCCCCACCGCCGCAGAGGUUGGAGGAGCAGCAGGCAGCUGAAGGCCAUGGGGACACAGCAGGAGAAGUCAUUACCAACAAGGUAUUUCUUAUGGUAUCCGCAACUUUGAAUACCAGUAUGUUCACUAAGCAGCAAAGGGAAAAAAUUACCAUUAUAUGCCCCAAUUUAAAAAGAGAAGGAAAUCCUGAUAUUGAUGGCUCUGAGAAAUUAACAGGAGAUUUUACAGAUAUUGAAAAAGCUUAUCACUACUUUAAGGAUAUCCUCGCAGGCAAUGACCCAAACCAUGAUUUUUCACAUUCUGAAAGUAAAAAUGGUUUGGAAGAUCAAAAUGAUCUGAAUACUGAAGAAAUGAAUGAGUUUACAGUUCAGUCAGCUCUUUAUGAAUAUUUCAGUCAUACCUGCAAAAAAGAAAUCCAAAAGCUACGUGAAAAAUUUGGAGUAUGUAUAAGAAGUAAAGAUUUUUAUGAUGGAACCACAUCAGUACGUUUGAUUUCUGAUAGAAGCCAUACGUCAAUACAAGAAGCUAAUAAUUAUUUUAUCAAAGCUUUUCAGAAAAGUGUAAAAGAUCUGAAACAGGAAAUAAUUCCCAUAACAGAUGCUUACACAGCAAACAAGACAGUAAUGGAAUUAAAUGCUAGGUUUAGUAAUCUUAUUGCUAAAGAGGAAGGGAAACAAUUGCUACUGCGUGGUCCAGUCAGUGAGAUUUUAGCUGCCAAAAAAUUUCUAGCAGAGGAAGCUGAGAACAGCCAAGCUGAAAAUAAUAUGAAAAUAUCAUCUGAACUGUACAAAUACAGGAAUGGAAUGGAAGUUGAUGCUUCUGCGUUUAAAUUGUUGGAAACAAUAUUAAGCAAAGAAAUUGAAGACAUUGAAGACAAAUUUGAUGUCGUAAUACAAAAGAACAGUUUGUGUGGCCAGAAGAUGCUCAUAAGAUUUGUCCCUAAGAUCAAAACUUCUGAUAUGUCUUCACAUGCUACUGAAAGUUUCAUCACUGCAUUUCAGAAUGCCUCUGCCAUGUUAAGAGAAAAACCUAUCAGCUUGAAGCUUUCAGAACAUCAGAAGAAAAUAUUAAAUAUGCUACUUAAUGGAAAACAAUUGGAAGAUGUGCAUGUAAAACUGAAGAAGAAGGAAGGCAAAUUCAUCUUAAGUGGUUUACCAAAACAACUUCAUGCUGCUGAAAAGCACAUUAUGAGUCUUCUUAACAUUGAAGAAUCAACGCAAAAUAAAAACAAGGCUGCACCGUUCUCUGAUCUCAGCCAUCAAGAAUCUACAAGAGUGUCUGAGAAGAAAUACAACAGCAGGCAGAAGAAUCAUCUUUCUUCUGAAGGACAGGCUAAGGCAAAAGCAGAAGACGACAAAGAUAUGUGUCCUAUUUGCAUGGAUCGAAUCAAUAAUAAAGAAGUACUGAGAAAGUGCAAUCAUGCAUUUUGUAAAAGUUGCAUUGACAUGGCCAUGAGUUAUAAGCAAGCUUGUCCUGUUUGUAACACCGUCUAUGGACUCGUGGAAGGAGACCAGCCAGAGGGAACAAUGUCAGUUAGAACGAUGCCUUCCUCUCUCCCUGGUUAUCCCAGUUGUGAUACUAUUGAGAUUACAUAUAGUAUGCGCGGUGGUGUUCAAACUAAGAACCAUCCAAACCCAGGGAAACCUUACAGUUCAACUUCUCGAACAGCAUAUUUACCUAACAAUAAAGAAGGGCAAGAAGUUCUGCAGCUCCUCCAAAGAGCCUUUAAUCAAAAAUUGAUUUUCACAGUGGGGCAGUCACAUACUACUGGUGCACAAGGUGUUAUCACAUGGAAUGAUAUUCACCACAAAACUUCUAAAACUGGAGGACCUACCAAUUUUGGUUACCCUGAUCCUGAUUAUCUGCGGCGGGUUCGAUCAGAAUUGAAAGCAAGAGGAAUUGAAUAGACAAAUUUAUCAACUGCCAGCUCUUAAGUGUAAUAACUGAACAUGUAGCAAUUAGUUUGCUAUCCAAGCACUAAGGAGAAAGAAGUUACUUUGUUCUGCUGCUGUACUUAAAUCACUUGUCAUUUUCCCAUCAGCUAAAAAACACUUAUCUUUUCUCAUCAAAUGAUAUAUGUUCUUUUUACACAUAAUUUGCUUCCUCGAAUAAUGCUUCUCUAUAUGUGUAACCUUUACGGAAUUUUGGUCUUGUAAGUCCAGCAUCAGUACUUAUUGCACUUGUCAAAUAUCAAAUUGUGUAUCAUAUUUUACCAGUGAAUCUGAUGUGCACUUUUUCCCACAAGUCUUCAGCCUGACCACCAAAACAGAAAGAUCCACUACUGGCUUUUAUUUGAUCAAACGCUUACUUGAGCUUUGUGUUAUUCCAUCUGUCAUCAUGCGUACCAUCAUGUAACCCAUCUGCUGGAAGGAUUUUAUACAGCUGUUAGAGCAUCAGCUGUUUGCGGCUGUGAUCUUUUGCUUCUUUUCCUUUUCAGGAUAGAAAUGACAUACCCAUUGUUUCCAAUAUGUGGUUUAAGUAUUAUGAAGAUACUUCGUUAGUACUCUGCACUAAAUAGCCUGCUAAUUACUUUUAUGGUGGUGUGAAACAAAUAGCUUUCACUUAAUGCAGCCAUAAUUGUUAGUGCAUUAAACCAUUUUUGUUUGGCUAUUCAAUAUAGCUAAUAAAUAAAAUAUAAAAAUACCA